AUGCUUGCAGAGCCAGUCCCAACUGCCCAGGAGCAAGAGCAGCUUGGAGCUGUCAAGCUGGAGGAGGAGGAGGCUGCUGGCCAGGAGGAUACCAGGAGGCCAGAGGCCAGGCCUCGGCCUGAGGUGGCCCAUCAGCUCUUCAGAUGCUUCCAGUAUCAGGAGGACAUGGGGCCACGUGGGUCCCUGAGCCGGCUACGGGAGCUCUGCCACCAUUGGCUGCAGCCAGCUCUUCACACCAAGAAACAGAUCCUUGAGCUGCUGGUGUUGGAGCAGUUCCUGAGUGUGCUGCCCCCACAUCUGCUGGGCCGCCUGCAGGGUCAGCAGCUCAGGGAUGGAGAGGAGGUGGUGCUGCUGUUGGAGGGUGUGUCUGUGGAUUCCAGCCACGUGGGGCCACUGGAUUUUAGUUUCAAUACUGGCAAGAAUUGCCCCCAUGCAGACAUCAACUUGGAGGAACAAGGGGGCCCUUCUCAGGUCCCCAGCCACAGCCCCAAAAAGGAAGUACCCUCAGAAGAACCUCCAGCUCUGCGUCCAUCGGAUGAAUUGCCCCCAUCCCAGCCAGGACCUGCCAGUCCUGCUGCGUCUGGAGAGUGGAAACCUGCUCCAGAUCCAAGACAGUCACUGAGCCCAGGGUCCCAGAGGACCCUCCCGUCCCUGCAAGACAGCACCCCGCAGGGCCCCUUGUGGCAGGAGGAAAAUACCCAAGAGCAGGAGCUGGCAGCUGUGCUGGAGUCCCUGACCUUCGAGGAUGUCCCGGUGAAGAAGGCCUGGCCCAGGCACAUUGUGGGAUUUGAAAGCAGAACCCCAGACAAGGAAGAAUUUAAACCAGAAGAGCCCAACGGGGCUGCCUGGCCCACUGCCAUCUCAGCAGAGUCACAGGCAUACAGCCUGGGGGUGACUGGAGAGCCUCUUGCCCAGACGCUGGGGAGAGGUCCUGGGACCAGUGGUACUGGUGGAGGAGGGACCCCUCCUGGCAGCACUGAAGUUUUGGAGGUCACAGUGGGCGCUGGCAGCCCUAGGUCAGAGGCAGAGCUGCAGUUCAUAUGUGCAGAGUGUGGAGGGAGCUUCCGGCAGUUGUCCCGCCUGAAGGCACACCAGCUGCGUUCUCACCAGGUUUCACGCUCCUUCCAGUGCCUGUGCUGCGGAAAGAGCUUUGGCCGCAGCUCCAUCCUCAAGCUGCACAUGCGCACGCACACUGACGAACGGCCGCACGCCUGCCACUUGUGCAACCACCGCUUCCGCCAGAGCUCACACCUGGCCAAACACCUGCUGACGCACUCCUCUGAGCCUGCAUUCCUGUGUGCUGAGUGUGGCCAGGGCUUCCAGCGUCGUUCCAGCCUUGUGCAACACCUGCUGGCCCACGCCCAGGACCAAAAGUCCACGUGUGUCCCAGAGGCCAAGAAGGAAGGGAGAGAGGCGACUGUCUUCCAGUGUCCCCACUGCGUGCAGACCUUUCAGCGCCGCUCCAGCCUAAAGCGUCACCUGCGGAUCCAUGCCAAGGGCAAGGACCACAAGGGCUCUGAAGACCCGAGUAGUCUUAGCCUGGGCAGCGAGAGCAGGCCCUACGUUUGCAGUGACUGCAGCAAGGCCUUCCGGCGCAGCGAGCACCUGGUGAUGCACCGGCGUGUGCACACAGGUGAACGACCUUUCUCGUGCCAGGUCUGCGGUCGCAGCUUCACCCAAAGUUCCCAGCUGGUCAGCCACCAGCAAGUGCACACAGGUGAGAAGCCCCACGCCUGCCCACAGUGUGGGAAGCGCUUUGUCCGGCGCGCCGGCCUUGCCCGCCACCUGUUAACCCACGGUGGCCCUCGGCCCCACCGCUGUGCCCAGUGUGGCAAGAGCUUCAACCAGACUCAGGACCUUGCCCGCCACCUGCGGAGCCACACGGGCGAGAAGCCCUGCCGCUGCAGCGAGUGUGGCGAGGGCUUUAGCCAGAGUGCCCACCUGGCGCGCCACCAGCGCAUCCACACUGGGGAGAAGCCCCAUGCCUGCGACAUCUGUGGCCACCGCUUCCGCAACAGCUCCAAUCUGGCCCGUCACCGCCGCAGUCACACUGGGGAGCGGCCCUAUGGCUGCCCGACCUGCGGCCGCAGCUUCCGGCGCAAUGCCCAUCUGCAGCGCCACCUGGUCACACACACAGGAGUAGUGCAGGAAGUGGAGGCCCCCCAGGAGUGUCCAGAGUGUGGAAAGAGCUUCAGCCGCAGCUGCAACCUGCUGCGACACCUGCUGGUGCACACGGGUGCCAGGCCCUACUCCUGCGCGCAGUGCGGGCGUGGUUUCAGCCGCAACUCCCACCUGCUGCGCCACCUGCGAACCCACGCCAGGGAGACGCUGUACUAGCAUCGCCAGGUUCCAGUAGCAUUGCCCCACGCACCUGUGGGUGGAUAGCACCCAAGGCCUUCCUCUAGGUCCCCGACAUGCCCAAUGCCCUCCGGCUCCUUGGUGAUUGUCCU